AUGGCGAACGCCAUUGAGACUGUAUUGGGAAUCAACAAUAUCCUUCAAAAGGACGAUAUCAAGUGGCAUAAUCUUCCAACACCAGAAGAGCCAAAUGAGCCUCUUCCCCUCCGGUUUCUUACCUCCCCCGAGCUGUUUUAUGUCCGGAAUCACGGUCCUGUACCUCAGGUCCUCGAUGAGGAUAUUCCGAACUGGGAAUUAAGCAUUGAAGGGCGAGUGACCAAAUUAGUCGAGAACCCAAUAAUUCUGGACUUCCGAGAGAUCCUGCAAAAGUACGAUCAAAUCACAGCCCCAAUCACUCUCGUCUGCGCAGGUAAUAGACGCAAAGAACAAAACACAGUCCGCAAGUCAAAGGGUUUCUCAUGGGGUGCCGCCGGCCUCUCAACCGCCUUAUUCACGGGACCUAUGAUGGCUGACGUUUUGCGCACGGCGAAGCCCACACGACGGGCAAAGUAUGUGUGUAUGGAGGGAGCAGAUCAAUUGCCAAACGGCCAUUAUGGCACAUCGAUCAAAUUAAACUGGGCAAUGGAUUUCAACAGAGGUAUCAUGUUAGCGCAUAAGAUGAACGGCGAAUCAUUGCGACCGGAUCACGGCCGUCCUUUGCGUGCUGUUGUUCCCGGUCAGAUUGGGGAACGGAGUGUAAAGUGGCUUAAAAGGUUGAUCUUGACGGAUCAACCGAGUGACAAUUGGUAUCAUAUUAAUGAUAAUCGGGUGCUGCCGACCAUGGUGUCCCCCAAGAUGUCGGCACAGGAUAAGAAAUGGUGGACUGAUGAGCGAUAUGCGAUCUAUGACCUCAAUGUGAACUCGGUGGCGGUUUAUCCUCAACAUGAAGAGAUUUUGGUUCCUGCCUCGGCUGGACCAACAUAUACUGCCAAGGGUUACGCAUAUACUGGGGGUGGUCGAAGAAUCACAAGGGUUGAGGUAUCUUUGGAUAACGGGAAGACUUGGCGACUCGCCGAUAUUGAAUAUGCAGAAGACAAAUAUCGUGGGUGGGAGGGUGAUCUGUUUGGUGGCAAGGUCGACAUGUGGCAGCGAGAGACUUGUUUCUGUUGGUCUUUCUGGUCACUGGAUAUCCCAGUGUCAGAUAUAGAAGACAGCAGAGCAAUGCUAGUCAGAGCCAUGGAUGAGGCUAUGACUGUCCAACCGCGAGAUAUGUACUGGAGGGAAGUUAAUUUGAAGUUUGAACACCCGACUCACCCUGCGAAGGCUGGGGGGGUGGAUGGGGAAUGUCAAGAAGACAGGGGCGAUUUGAACAAUGGCCACUGGGGCGAGCGUUUUGAGGGUGAAGUUCCUGUCGAGCCAGACCAUGUGAAGGAAAUCAAUAUGAAGAAAGAAGGAGUCAACCGAGUUGUUGACUUACAAGAGCUGAAGUUGAACACCAGCGCUGAGAAGCCUUGGUUCGUGAUCAACGGAGAAGUCUAUGAUGGGACAGCCUUCCUGGAAGGUCACCCCGGGGGAGCAAUCAGUAUCACUGCCUCUGCUUGUCUGGACGUCUCAGAGGAUUUUCUUGCCAUUCACAGUGAGACGGCUAAGAUGAUGAUGCCCGACUACCAUAUCGGCAGCUUGGACAAGGUGUCCCUCGAGGCACUGCAAGUCAACGCCUCCGCAGUAUCCGACGAGCCCCGCCCGAUUUUACUUCAAUCUCGAGCCUGGUCUAAAAUCAAGCUGUCAGAGGUGAAGAAUGUGUCGUGGGAUACCCGGAUCUUCGUCUUUGACCUGGAACACGGGAGACAAACCUUGGGUCUACCGAUCGGCCAGCAUUUGAUGAUCAAAGUCCCGGAUCCUAUCACUCACGAGGCAAUCAUCAGAUCAUAUACCCCGAUCUCUGAAACAAACAUGGAAGGAAAGAUGGAGCUGCUGGUGAAGAUAUAUUUCCCUUCCGAUACGAUACCAGGCGGCAGGAUGACCUUGGCCCUGAACAAGCUUUCCCUGGGAGCAGAGAUAGAGUGCAAGGGCCCAACAGGACGGUUUGAGUAUCUUGGACACGGCCGAGUCCUUCUCGGCGGCAAAGAGCGUGAGGUGCGCUCCUUCAAAAUGAUCUGCGGAGGGACUGGUAUCACGCCGAUAUUCCAGGUGUUACGUGCUGUGAUGCAAGAUCCUCAGGAUCCUACCGCCUGUGUUGUGCUCGACGGGAAUAGAUUGGAGGAGGACAUCCUAUGCAAAGCUGAGCUCGAUGCCUACGUUGCGGUGGACAGUCGGAAGUGCACUAUCGUGCAUACUCUGACGAAGGGCUCGGAUGAUUGGAAGGGCCGGCGAGGCCGUAUCUCCAAGGAACUGCUCAUGGAACAUGCGACUCCCGGGGAAGAAAGCAUGGCGCUUCUCUGUGGGCCCGAGGCGAUGGAGAAAUCAGUUCAAACAAUUCUCCUUGACCAAGGUUGGAAGGAGUCAAAUCUUCAUUUCUUCUAG